AUGUCAGUCAGCAAGAGAUUGAGUAUCAUGGAUGCCCUUAAACCACUUAUACAUAGUGGCAUGGAGGUUGACUCCUCGCAUUGGACUAGAUUUGCAUUUUUGAGAGAGCAUAUUGAGAAAGCACUCAAUGUUGAUAUGGUUCAGUUGGCAGAUGAAUUUUUGGAGUAUCACCCAGGCCAGGGAUCUGCGGAUCAAGAAGAACGCUCCAGUGCCUAUAAAAGCCUCGAUGAUCCUACCAGCCAUGAUGCGAGCUCCACCGCAGCGGCAGUCACCAACAAUCUGGUUGACGAAGAGGACCGCCAGGCCGAUCCAACUGCAAUCUGUUACAACUGGGAUAAUGCGGAUGCGAAUGAAAUCCCUGACGAGUCUUUUGGUACUCCUGAUUGUGCAACAUCUGGCUUUGGACUCGACGGUGGCUUCAAAAAAUGGAACAAACAAAAAUUUUGGAACUAUGUUGAUGCAAUGCUGGAGCAGCUUCACAAAAGUGCGCAUGAGCAAUCAGGAGGUCAGACUGCUGGGUAUGAAGAUGUGUACCGCAAGGCAAUGGUCGAGUUUUUCCAGCUCAACCUGCAGGAGUUCCCUGGUCGCCACAAGGCUCUAUCUCUUGUGAAAGGUUCACAGCCUGUAUGGCAGGAAACAAUUCAGAAAAAGUUGUUAUGGUAA